UCUAGGAGCGAAACGUCCCGUUACCGGAGGACCACCUCCCUUGACGCUUAUCGUGUUUACACAAGUACCGUGACACUAAUGUUACUGCUGUUCAACCUUAUCAUCGUGUAAAGUUUUGUACUACUGGCUGACUUGGUGUACGCAUGCUGGUGUCGGAAGUGUUUCUACACUGAUUAUCAGACUCUGUGGAUAAAUGUGCGAGUUUUACAAGUGAUUCACGGUUUGUAUAGGCCAAAUGAUGACAGUUUUUGCUCCGCUCCCAAUGCCCUGGAGUCCAGAAGUCCUGAAAUUUACAGUUUACAUUCAAACAACUAGUCCCGAAGAUGCUCAAUGCCAAAUCUCAAAAGAAUUGGAAGGAGAUGAAGAAGCGGGAAAGACGAACCAGUAGAGCUACACAUAAAAACAACACUUCUUUGGUGCAGAAUGAACCAAUCCGGAAGUCGUAUAAUUUACGGAAAAGGAAACACGAGACAGAGCAAAAUGAUCAAGACAAGAGCCUGGUAAAUGAGAACACCAAGAGGAGAUGCUUAAAAAAUGAUGACCAAAUACCGAACACGCAACACGCAAUAUCAACAAGGGGACAAAAAUUGCAGCAUACCAAAAUGGAUAAACCCAAAGGCAAACAGCCGCAAUUUCGCAGUCAAAAUCAAAAAACACUUCUCAAGCAGCCCUUUGGAAAAGAUAUCGCACCGAAAAUCCAACCAAUGGGAACAAAACGUUUGACUCGAUUAUCUAUGAAGAAAGGUGAGAACAGCAAGAGAAAGACCUCAGAUUCGAAUACACCACUACUGCGGAAGAAGACUCAAGUCAAAGGAGAACAAUCACUAAGAAUAAAACUCCCUAAAAGAAACAAAGAUAGAAAACAAAGGAGCCUGUGUGGAACCCCUAAAUCUGGAAAGAAGAGAAUAUUACAAGGGACUCCAAAACCAACGUUAACUUCAAAAGCGCCAGAUAAAGAAAUGGUAUCCAGCAUGUUUAUCCCAAAACAAAAACCACGAAAACUAAGUAGAGUUCAAGUCUUAAAGAACUCUAAUCAAACCAAUGAGAAACAACUGCAGAUAAAUAUUGAACAAAGCACUGAAACCAAACAUUGUAAAAUUUCCAAAGCAAACACGAUCAAACGAAAAUCAACGAAAGCUGCACGCAAAUCGGUGACAAAAGUAGAUGAUCCUUUAUUGCUAGGAAGACAAAGGUCACCUUCAAAAUAUUUUUCCACCUUGUUUUUCCAGAAAAUUGAUGCCAGGUAUUAUCCUGAAGCAAGUCGAAUGUCAAACAUACAUGGAAUCAGUGUAUCGAACGACAAUUUUAUAUGGGUAAAUCAUUUGAGAGGAUGCGUUCAGCUGCUAAACGUUUCAGGUGAAAUCCUCCGAACUAUCCACUUAGAUCACAGUCCGGUGUUUAACUGUUGCACUCCCUCAGGAGACCUCAUAGAAACACAAGGAUACGCCGGAGGUUCAAAACCAGUCAUAACAAUGAUAGCUCGAGAUGGAAACAGCCGGGUACUCGCCGAUCUCUCAUCAUAUGCUACAAACCUGUGUGGAAUUCUCUGUGAAAAUGAGACAAUAUUCGUCGUUGCAUAUUCUAGCAGAUUUGAAAAUUGUGGUUCUACCAGGAGUUAUUUUAUCAUUAAACUUAGUAUGAGUGGAGAAGUUGAGGAAAUAUACAAUACAAAAAAAGGCAGUGAUGACAUAAAUCAUAUCAUUUCACUGAAUGGUCAAAUAAUUGCUCUUCGCACCAACGAUUCUGCGAUGAUUCCCUUGAAGAGUAAAAUAAUUUCAUCAGAGAAAAUUAACGGAGUAUGCAUUGAAAGUGUAUAUUCAGCGAGUGCUUCAGUCGACAAUCUUGGCAAUGUUAUCCUGGCAUCAAACACAGAACUCUUGAUAAUUGACCCAAGUUUGAAGUAUAUGCAUAAAAUAGAUACUGAUAUUGGAUCCAUUAUCUCGACCGCUGUCGAUAAAAACAGUCAGUUGUGGCUAGGUACUGCGUCAGGAGGACUGUAUUCAGCUCAGUAUUUAGGUCAAGCUUGAUAAUAUAGAGUAAAUGUAUUGUUACAGUGCAUUUUGUCAGCAACCACGAAACACCUAAAUAUAUCAACGAUGAAAUAAAGUGAAAUGUUUGAGACUUCUAAGGAAAACUGUUACAUCUUCAAUACACUAACUUGUUCUUGAAAAUCGAAAAUAUUUAAAAUAGGAUGGUAUUGAAGAAUUGAUAUUGCAUCUAAGCCUUAUAAAGAAAAGACAUACCAAUAAAUUGGGCACAACCAGACUUAA